AUGGUGUUAAUCAGUCUGUAUGCCAUAAUGAGAGAUCUAGAUUUAUGGAGCAAUCCAUAUGAGUUCCAGCCAAAGAGGAAACUGGGAAAGAGAGCUUGCCCUGGUUCAACUUUAGGGUUGAGUAUGGCACAUAUAGCAGUUGCAACAUUGGUUCAAUGUUUCGAUUGGAAAGUGGUUGGAAAUGGAGAAAAGGCUAAGGCUAAGGUUAAUACUGAAGUUACAAAAGCUGCUUUUAUUCACAUGGCUCAUCCACUUAAAUGCCUUCCAAUUGUUAAAUUCAACCCAUUUGAUUCUGUGAUGUGA